CAAGGAGGCGCUCAACCCGCACCUCGCGCUCAAGCGCCAGCUGAAGAACCGGCAUGUGGCUAUGAUCAGGCGUGUUCUCUCCUCCGCAUCCGACCUCCCCAACCCUCCCUCGUCGCUACACUCACAUGCUGACAUUGGCCUGACCAACCCGCCAGCAUCGGCGGCGUCCUCGGCACCGGCCUCUUCCUCGGCAGCGCGACCGCGCUCCUGAGCGGCGGCCCGCUCGGCGCGCUGCUCGGGUACAUGUUCAUGGGCACGAUCGUGUAUUGCGUUAUGGUCUCGGUGGGCGAGAUGAUCGCGUUCCUGCCCAUCGCAGGCGGCCAGAUCAACCUCGCGGAGCGCUUUGUGGAUCCCGCGUUCGGGUUCGCGUAUGGCUGGAGUUUCUGGUACGGCUGGACGCUCACGCUCCCAACGGAGCUCUCGGCGGCUGCGACGCUCAUCGAUUUCUGGAAGCCGGGCGUGAGCAACGCCGUCUGGAUCACGAUAUGCCUCGCCGUCGCUAUCGGGAUCAACAUGUGCGGCGUCGGUGCGUGCGUUUAUGGCGAGAGCGAGUUUAUAUUCUCCUCAAUCAAGGUGAUAACCAUAACCGCGCUCAUCAUCCUCGGCAUCGUGCUCGACCUCGGCGGCGGGCCGAACCACGACCGCGUCGGGUUCCGAUACUGGAAGGACCCGGGCCCGUUCGUGCAGUACGGCGGGAUCGCAGGCGCGACCGGGCGCGCGGUCGGCUGGUCGCGCGUCGUUAUUCAGGCGGCGUUUUCGUAUGCGGGGACGGAGACUGUUGCUAUCGCAGCGGCAGAAGCGAAGAACCCGCGGCGCAACCUACCCAAGGCGAUCAGCCGCGUGUAUUUCCGCAUUCUCGUGUUCUACAUCGGCGGGGUGUUUGUUAUUGGCCUGCUGGUGCCCUCGACGGACCCGCGGCUGAAUCUGAACGCGAGCGACGCGUCGGCGUCGCCGUUCGUGAUCGCGAUUGAUAAUGCGGGGAUCAAGGGGCUGACGUCGGUCAUUAAUGCAGCCUUGCUCACGGCUGCGUGGUCUGCUGCGUCUAGCGACUUGUACCUCGCCUCCCGCGGCAUCUACGGCCUCGCCGUCGCCGGCAACGCCCCCGCGAUCUUCAAACGCACCAUACGCGGCGGCUUCCCCUACGUCGCCGUCACCUUCUGCGCGUGCUUCUCGCUGCUCGCGUUCAUGAGCGUCUCCACGUCCUCCGGCCAGGUCUUCACCUGGCUCUCCUCGCUCACGGCCACAUGCGGGCUCUGGGGCUGGUGCGCGAUCGGGAUCACCUACCUGCGCUUCCGCAAGGGCUUCCGCGCGCAGGGCCUCGACCCCGCGCGGCUGCCGUACAAGAGCGUGCUGCAGCCGUACGCGGCGUGGUGGGUCGUCAUCGGGUGUGUGCUGUCCAUGAUCUUCAGCGGGUACGAGGUGUUCCUCACGGGCGGCUGGAACGCGGCGACGUUCGUGACGAACUACCUGCCCAUUGUGCUGUACCCGAUUCUCUGGAUAGGGUGCAAGGUUGUGCGCAAGACGACGUUUGUGCGCGCUCGGGAUAUGGACUUUGUGAGCGACCUCGCGGAGAUCGAUGCUCUCACGUAUGACGAACCUAAAUCGAGAAACGCUAUCGAGAGAGUAUGGAUAUGGAUCAUGUGAGGGCUCGUCUUCAUGCGCUAUCGUGCAAACUGGGGCACUAUCAACCCGCGUCUGCCGCCGAAAUCAUAUCCGGAUCUCUAUGACCGUACGGCUCGAAGGUUCAGACGUAGAAGGCGGGGAAUAAGAUACGGCGUCUGACAUCGACAUUGGAUAAGGUACCUGACGCACCGGACUUGACCUACCAUAGAGCUCGCCCGUCUAUUCUCGGUAAUGAUACUAUGCUCUAUCGCUCCAGGUAUUCAUGCUUCGCAGUUUCACC